AUGGCGUUGGAACUUUUGGUCGUAGUGUUAACGGUUGUAGCGUCUGUCGUAGCUCAAAACCUAGUGUGCUACUACGACAGUUCUGCAGCCAGCUACGCCACGCCGACACUACCGCAAGCCUUAAGCUCAACGGAAUGCACGCACUACAUCUACGUCGGGCUCGGCGUGACGGCACAAGGAGACCUGCGGAUUCUUAGCAACUACGACGUUUCAUCUGGAUUUAACGACUUUCAAAAUCUCCGAGCAAUUGGUAAUGUGAAACUUUACAUACAACUCGGCACGGACCUACGGGACGGCACCAAAAAUCUGACGAACGCCAUAUCAGGAAAAUGUGACAAGUUGGUGAACAAUAUUGCUCUUUUCUUGGCACAGUACAACUUUGACGGAGUUGAACUAGAGCGACAGACCAAUGAUACUGACAAGAACGCGUUAGCUAAAUGUAUAAACAAGCUACGAGCGCGGCUCUACAUGAUAAACAAAGAACUGGCAGUAGCCAUCUCGGCACAGUGGAGCAAUACGUACGAUAUAACAUCGCUAAGUCUGUACACUGAUAUGAUAAACGUUCAUGGUUACAAUUUCACGGGCACUACCACAAAUACGGCCAAUCUUUCGCCCCUCUUUUCGGACGCCACCAGCCCCACCAGUGUGAACUCAACGUUAACGGCUCUGAUCUCGGCCGGGGCACGCAAAAGUAAGAUAAACCUCGUAGUGGCCACAUACGCCCGAACGUACCUCUUGGCAAGCGAGGAUCAACGGGGCGUGGGAGCCCGCACUACGGGCCCCGGCGCGGCAGGAGCUAAUACGAACCGAGCUGGUUUACUUGCGCGGUAUGAGGCAUGCCCUCGCUUCGCCGAUUACACGGAAGUGGAUAACUCCAACACCGCCACCACAUACUACUUCAAGGCGAAGAAUUGGCUUAGCAUUGAAAUCGAGAACACAUUGGUUCAGAAGUUUACCUUCGUCCUUGAUAAUGAGCUGGGGGGUGCCGGAAUUUACACACUCGAUUUGGACGAUGUUAGUAAUGCGUGCGGCGCAGGGGCAUUCCCAGCCGUGCAACUGGCCAACCUGUAUUUGUUUUGA